AGCAGGAGAGAUGAGAUCAUGCGUACCGGUAUGCCAUGGAGCAUUGGGUACAUGGGUAUGCCAUGGUGGUAAUUUUUGAAUACCGGUAUUGAAAUAUUGGAAGAAACAGGAAGAGGAUAAAUUAAUGGUGCUUGCGCAGCUGCUUUCCGUUCACUCUCCUUUAUAGAAAGAAGACAUCAAGGACAUUGGGUUGCUUUGGAGUUUCCAUGCUAAUCCCAAACUGUGUGUUCAAGUUGACGAGUCCAACCCUUGUGAAAGGGAAAGUUCUUCAUCAUGGAUUCUCGCAAUAUUGAGGAGAGUGCAGCUGAUGGUUCUUCUGCGACAACAGCAUCUUCACAAAGCAACAAAGAAAGCGAAUCAGUCAAUAGGCCCGGUGGUAUCUCGCACCAACCUGCCAGUAAGAAUUAUAAUCCCUACUCUGCAGGUAAUCCCACCGACAGUUUACUUGGAGGUCAAACAACGUUUUCUCGAAGGGCGAAAAGACGGAUAGACUACGAAUGGCACGAGAUUUUCUUCUUGGUCGUGUCUGUGCUGUCUGUCCUGGUUGCCGUCGGCUUUUCAAUCUAUCGCAUGGUCGAAGAAUACGAUGCCUCGGCUCCUAAGGACAAAGCCAGCUUUACAUUUGCUGUGCUAAUUGUCUUCAACGCUGGGUUCUUGCUGGUGUAUGCCAUCCAUGGCAUUAUCUUCGAGCACGUGGAGGAGAUGAUAGGGUUUGCUGUGGCCUCGACCGUUGUCUUCGUCUACGUAUUAGUGGACUAUAUUCAGCAUCACAGCACCGCCGAUAAAGUCAAACUGGCGCGCUUUAUCCUGGUCGUUGUGGGCUUCCCAAUUCUGGUCACUCUGUCACUUUAUUGUGCAAAGCAGUUUAGAUGGAUCAAGUUUCGAGUGGCUGGUGCUUCAGAAGAAAUGCAAUCGAUAUACUCAACGUUUUGCAAGAUGGAGAGUUUGUUGCUGUUUGACUUCCAAAUUGCUGUCAGCUUGUUCAUUCUUGUGCUGUACCGGGGUGCAUCGCUAGACGCAUUGGAGACGGCGCUACUGUCAGUUGGUCUCUGCUAUUGCCUUGCCUGGGCUGUGGCAGGCUACUAUGUUACCAAAAAAGAGUACACGGCUUGGACCGUUGUCUUUGAGGUGUUUGCGCUACUGUUGCCAGCGUACAUUGCCUUUAAGAUCGUGAGAAUUGUUCAAAAAUGGGAUAUGUACAUAGAGGACGGGAUUGAACAACUUGCGAUAAUUUUCUACAUUGCUGCUGGUGUGGGAAUACUUGUGAGAGGCACUCUUCUCAUCAUCGUUGAGCGCGUCAGAAAGAAUUUCAACAAAGGCCUGUGGCGCCAAGGGCGACCACUGCCCCUCUCGGAUCAAAGCCAUGAGGUUCAGCUCCAAAAACGGGGGGAGUGAGCUAAGGAUCAGGAGGAGCAUUUUUCCUUCAUCAAAACACUGAGGCCUUGUAAGCAGCGAUGGUGUACGUUGCGUUUUGACUGAGCUACACACCGUCAAGUACACAGGCAGUGGCAGCGCUGCUAGUGCUCUCUAGAUGUCAUGUAGCACACGUUGUUCUCGUCUUGAAGCUGCGCCAUGUUUGCUUCAAAGGAAGUAGUUUGUCCCCACACAACCCUAGCGUUCUGCAAGUCCGUCUCCCUGAAAUGCGUCCACUGCCAGUCAUGUUACAGCCCACGCUGGUCUGCUUUCCUUUGACUGGCCAUUAUCAUUGCUUUUCUGCCGCGAUCGUGACGCCUGGUCCGAUCAUGCUAUGUCAACUUCACCAUUGCAGCGUUUUCUUUGAUAUUUAAUAUGUGCACUAGUAGUAGAACAGGCUUUAGUAGUACCGGUACAUGUACUUCAACCGUACUCAUUCCGGAGAGGUUUUGAAGGAUAGAUCUGCUGUCUUCCUCUGUCAUACCGGUACUAGACAGAUUUUGUGAAAGAUAUUGCAUCUAUUACGUACCGAUCCCUCGUCGGGCUGUUUUUUUGAAGAAUCGAUUUUUUUUAACAUCUAUCACGUAGAACCAGAUCAAUAAAAAAAUCAACAAAAUAUUAUUUUGUUGAUUUUUUUAUUGCCACCGCCUCCACUUGCUUGGCUGUCUGAGAUUGCGCAUUUUUACGCCUUUAUUUUGCUACUGUUGUUGCUCGUUUCUAACCGUGGAGAGAAAGUCACGGUAUAUUUUGGUAUUUUUAUACUAGCUUGCAAAGAGAAUUUACGUUGAAACUUGAA